AGGCGCAGCUGCCGCCGCUAGGCCGGAGCGGUGGCCCGAGCCCCGCCGCGCUGCCAUGGCGGCGAGGCGGCGCUGGGGCCUGGCCGCGGCGGGCUCACUGCUGCCGCUGCUCUGCGCCCUGCUCCGCGUCGCCGCCGACACCAGCACUGGCCGGGGUUGGUUAAAAACUUACGGCUACUUACUUCCAUCUGACAGCCAAAUGUCUGCCUUGCAGUCGGGAAAAGCUGUGCAGUCAGCAGUUGCCACUAUGCAACAGUUUUAUGGAAUCCCAGUAACAGGAGUUUUGGACCAGACAACUAUUGAGUGGAUGAAGAAACCUCGAUGUGGAGUUCCGGAUCAUCCCCACCUACGCCAUAAGCGAAGGAAAAAGCGGUAUGCACUAACUGGGCAAAAGUGGAGGCAGAAGCAUAUAACCUACAGUGUACACAACUAUACCCCCAAGGUUGGAGAGAUUGAUACAAGGAGAGCCAUUCGUCAGGCAUUUGAUGUUUGGCAGAGAGUGACACCACUUACCUUUGAAGAAGUCCCUUACCAUGAAAUUAAAAAUGACAGAAAGGAGGCAGAUAUUAUGAUAUUUUUUGCAUCUGGUUUCCAUGGAGACAGUUCUCCGUUUGAUGGAGAAGGUGGAUUUCUAGCUCAUGCUUACUUUCCUGGACCAGGAAUAGGAGGAGAUACUCACUUCGAUUCAGAUGAGCCGUGGACCCUGGGAAAUUCUAAUCAUGAUGGGAACGAUCUCUUCCUGGUGGCAGUCCAUGAGCUGGGACAUGCGCUGGGUCUGGAACACUCCAAUGAUCCCAGUGCUAUCAUGGCUCCUUUCUACCAGUACAUGGAAACACACAACUUCAAACUGCCCCAGGAUGACCUCCAAGGAAUUCAGAAAAUCUAUGGUCCUCCUGUUGAGCCCCUGGAGCCAACCAGGCCUUUACCCACUCUUCCUGUUCGCAGAAUUCACUCCACUUCAGAAAGAAAACACGAGAGACAGCCAAGACCUCCUAGUCCUCCUCUAGGUGAUAGGCCAUCUCCUCCUGGCACGAAACCCAACAUCUGCGAUGGCAACUUUAAUACUGUGGCUCUCUUCAGAGGAGAAAUGUUUGUUUUCAAGGAUCGCUGGUUCUGGCGUCUGCGCAACAACCGGGUGCAGGAGGGAUAUCCCAUGCAAAUUGAGCAGUUCUGGAAAGGCCUCCCUGCAAAGAUUGACGCAGCCUAUGAGCGGUCUGAUGGAAAAUUCGUUUUCUUCAAAGGAGAUAAAUACUGGGUUUUUAAAGAAGUGACAGCAGAGCCGGGCUACCCACACAGUCUGGUGGAGCUGGGGAGCUGUCUGCCCCGGGAAGGCAUCGACACGGCUCUGCGGUGGGAGCCUGUCGGCAAAACCUACUUCUUCAAAGGCGACAGGUACUGGAGGUACAACGAGGACAAGAGAGCAACGGACCCAGGAUACCCAAAGCCCAUCACCGUGUGGAGAGGAAUCCCUCAGGCUCCACAGGGAGCUUUUAUCAGCAAAGAAGGCUUUUAUACCUACUUUUACAAAGGGAAGGAGUAUUGGAAGUUCGACAACCAGAGGCUGAGCGUGGAGCCAGGGUACCCCAGGUCAAUCCUCAAAGACUGGAUGGGCUGCAACCAGAAGGAUGUGGAACGAAGCAAAGACCGACGCCUCCCCCACGAUGACGUGGAUAUUAUGGUGACAAUAAAUGAUGUGCCUAGCACUGUCAAUGCAAUCGCAGUUGUGAUCCCUUGCAUUUUGUCCCUGUGUAUCCUUGUCUUGGUAUACACGAUCUUCCAGUUUAAAAACAAAGAGGUGCAGCAAAAUGUUGUGUAUUACAAAAGACCUGUUCAGGAGUGGGUAUGACACAGCCCGCUGCACGUUUCAGCUCAUUGAUCCGAUGAGGACUAUGGACAGAAAAAAAGGAAAAAAAAAAAAAAAACAAAAAAAAAAACGCAUUCAAAAGCCUAUCAAACAAAACUACUUCAGUGACCUACAAGUUUUGGACAGCCUGGGACUGAAAGAAGCAGGAAAACUGGACAAAAACACAGGCAGCCUUGCAGUGUGGAGCCUCUUUCCUUCUUACUGCCUCAGUCGCGUGUCAGUCUCGGUGUGCCAUCCUCCACAGGCUCGCUCUGCUACAGCAGAGUCGUCAGGACAGGUUACAACUGACCUGGGAAUCUUCCUUCAGUUCCCUGCACCAGUGCUCCCUGUUAAACCCAGCAUUCGCCAGUGUAGCUGAACCACCUUUGAACAGAACCAUUUUUUUAAUAGCUGUCUCAUAAACGAAUUAAGAUCAUGAAAUCUAUGAACAGGAACAAUUCAGUAUCGUAAGCAGAAGACAUUCUGAUGCUGAAGCGUUCUACAAGAUCUUCUUAGUUUAUUACAAACUCCAGGUGAUUACCUGGAUACAAUUUUCCAAUACCUGCUGGUCAGAUGUUUUGUACAUUCAUAACUAAUCCACGCUGCCACUCAGCACAGUGCAUGAGGAACCACGACGCACUCGGAGGUCCGUGAGUGCAGAGAAGAAGCUCAAGAAGCACCAAACCAGACACCGUUAACAUCACCUGGCAACAGCAAGCCCCAGAUUGGGACAAACUGAAGACAAAAGUGAUUGGGUCUAAAAAAAAAAAAAAAAGUUUUUGUUUUGGGAGCCAUUCGUGAAAGAAAUAUUUAAAUGUCAUACAAUGUUGUUUUAAGCUCCCAUCAGCAAGAAACAAUGAACCAAUGGUUACCGAUAUACUGAAAAAUGUGUAUAGACGUAGACUACGCCCCUGUUAAGAUGCUGGGAAAGAUGAAUUGUUGUUAUGUGGCACGUGUAACUAGAUUGUGGAAUUUGUACGUUGGGUUUCAGGAGAAUGGAAAUGUUUGUUUGGAGUGAGAUUGUCACUAUAUUUUGCUGAAAUAGUCAAGAUACAGUAAGAAUUAGGUCUGUUUAUAAAACUAAAUCCAAUCCUUGUAGAUGUUACAGACAUUGUAUGCCUUUGAAAUUUGUUUUUUGUUUUUGCUUACUUCUUCACAGGCAGAUAUUUGGCAAGGACCAAAGGAUGCAUGCCACGCAGUAGAGUGAGUUCCAUCACUAGCCACAUUUGACAGACAUAAAAAUCAGGUAAAGGCGAGAUAGGUGCCUGAACUUUCCGCUAGUAACUUUUCACAAGUCUCUUCCUACAACAGCAGCUUCUGCUUAUCCCCGUUACAGUUGGGAACGGUUGAGGAUGUUGGGUCCUAACCACAAACUUGGUACGUUUUGUUGCCAAUGCUGAUAUUUCUGCCGUGUUAAAUAAGAGUGGAAGAAGAGUUUCUUGCAGGGCAAUGCAAUGGUGAAGCCCACCCCGUACAGAUGUGCCAUUCACGCAAGCACAUGGACUGCUUUGCACGCUCACUAUAAGGAGGACGUGAUUAGCGUAAGCCCUCUGCCUAUAACCGAGUUUCCUUCAGUGCAAUGGAAGUGCAGUGCACAGAAGGUCCAGUUAGAACAGAAAAAGUACACCUUUUAAACACCGGCUACAAAAAAAAAAAUCCAACGAUGAGAAAAAUAUUCCUAAUUCCAAUGAUGAGGAAUGAAGAAGCAGAAAGAUUGUCAGCAUUCUGAAUUUCUAACUAGUGCUCAAAUAUUGCUAUGGUAAAGCAGGAUAGACAAAUAGAUGCUGCUAGUGAAGCCCACUAGGCCUGUGUACCACGUGGUCUCAAACUGUAUUUUGUCCUUCAUAAUUGAUUUCUGUAGCCAAGCUGUUUAUUGUGUUUAAACAUAGAAACAAAAAAGUAUUACAAACAUAUUACAAAAUAAGUGAGAAACUAGUAGAUGCAAAACUUUGAAUUUUAGUGACGCAGUCUGAUAACGUCUCAUGAUGGGUGAAGGAGUGCAAAGGACCAAAUGAAAUCGGAGCUACUAAUUAGACACCCCCCAACACGUGCUACUCUGUACGUUGCUAUGUGUACUAUAUAUGUGGUAGAAUGCACACUACGAACGCCACAUCCACAUGGCACAUCGAACUCAUCCGUACGCUGCCAUCUCUUCUGGGACUGUGACAGCCCAAACCUUUGAGCAACUUCCA